UCGAAAGAAAGAGCUGGACACGGGAAGGAUUUCAAUAUGGCAGCAGUUAGCGCAAUAAGCGAGGGUGCCCUGGUGGACUCUCCCCUUCCCUCCUCUUCUUCCUCGUCUUCUUCGGGUGCCUCCUCCCUAUCAACCUCGUCCAAUUCGGGCGAUUUUGACAGUUGUGAAGGCUACUUAGUAGUCACGUUCAGCCGUAACAAUAAGCCACCUCCUACUUGCCUUAAUGAGGACACAGGUGUGGAAAAUUCAGAAGCCACAGCAGCAACCCCUCUAAGCAUUAACGCAACAUCACCACCGGUAGUGGGUACGCGUAUCUCCCGUCUCGCUGCAAUGGCUGCUGGUGUGGAUGUCUCCCAAUUGCAGCAUUACUCCACAUCUAGCAUUCCCUCUGGCACUUCUGCCUCCAACAUCAUCUCCUGCUCCACCUCACCUCCCUCCUCUUGUGACUAUGUCAGACGAUUUACCUAUCCUGAUGGAGACACUCACUACGAUUGGCUCUCCUGUCCACUGGCUGACAUGCAAGCUAAAGGUCCUCUUACCAAUUCUACCACCACACAUUCCCUGUACUCCUCCAAACCCAUCUCCCUUGCCACUGUUCAACGAAAGCCAUUCCUUGUCUACGACAGUUCCUUACCAUCCGCCUCUGUGCCUGCCGCAUCGUGCUACCGGCGUCAGCUAACCACCUCGCGGAAGAUGCUUCGCUGUGAGGAAUGUGGCAAGUACUACGGGAAUGAGUAUAGCCUACAUCAUCACAUCUGCCUUCGACGGAAAGAUGUCUGGAAAAAAGGAGAUGUACCCACCCAACUAGUUGACGGUCAACUUACCUACUUCUGUCCGGUGUGCGGUAAACCCUUCAAGUGGUUAGGCAAUCUCACCCGGCAUUACUAUGUGCAUACAGGUCAGCGAUUCUUCAAAUGUGACAUCUGUCACAAAGAAUUCUUCUCUGCCUACCAGGUGCGUCGGCACAUGAACUCACACACCGGUUUGAGAUUCCAAUGUGCAGUGUGUGAGAAACCGUUUACAUGCAAAUACGCCUGUGCGUGGCAUGCGAGGCAACAUUUAAAGGAUCAGCAACAGCAAAAGUCCUAG